AUUGUAAUACUUGCUUCCAUAUCCAACACAAAAAAAAUUCAGGUGUGAAAAUUUUGGAAGAUUAAGAAAUGUAGGAAGACCAAUCAUUCUCAUACAAGAUAGAUAAGGCCCAGGAAUAUCACAUCCACAUUCCUAUAAUUCAACCAAAACCAACCAUUCAAAGUCCAAAUAUCUGUCAUAUACUAGGCCACAUAUUACCCUUUACAGAUUCAUCAAACACUUGCCCAUACACAAUCAACUUCUUACUCCCUUAGCUUCUACUAACCAUAACAAUGGCAACCGCUGCCCCCGCUACCGCCUCCUACAUCUUUGGAACCCGCAUUUCCGGGCCAAAACCCGGGCCUGGAAAAUUCCAUGCCCUGUUUGGCCUUGGCAAAAAGGCAGCUCCACCAAAGAAAGCUGCCCCAAAGAAGCCUGUAGUAUCAGAUGAUGAUAACCUGGUGUGGUUCCCAGGAGCGAAACGACCCGAAUGGUUAGAUGGGUCAUUGGUUGGGGAUCGUGGGUUUGACCCGUUUGGGCUUGCUAAGCCUGCUGAGUAUUUGCAGUUUGACUAUGAUGGGCUGGACCAGAAUUUAGCCAAGAAUGUGGCUGGUGAGAUUAUUGGGGCUAGGAUUGAGUCUGAAGAUAUUCAGCCCACACCAUUUCAGCCUUAUGCAGAAGUGUUUGGGAUCCAAAGGUUUAGGGAGUGUGAGGUGAUUCAUGGUAGGUGGGCCAUGUUGGCUACUCUUGGUGCUCUCUCUGUUGAAGCUCUUACUGGUGUUUCUUGGCAAGAUGCUGGAAAGGUAGAAUUGGUAGAAGGAGCGUCCUACCUAGGCCAAAAGCUACCAUUCUCCCUAAGCACAUUGAUAUGGAUAGAAGUGCUACUAGUAGGAUACAUUGAGUUCCAAAGGAAUGCCGAGCUUGACCCAGAAAAGCGGCUUUACCCAGGAGGUCAAUACUUUGACCCCCUGGGCUUAGCCGCGGAUCCUGAGAAAAAGCUCAACCUUCAAUUGGCCGAGAUCAAGCACUCUCGCCUCGCUAUGGUUGCUUUCUUGGGCUUCGCCAUCCAAGCCGCUGCCACCGGAAAAGGCCCUCUUAGCAAUGCGGCUGAAUUCUUGAGUGAUCCUUCUAACAACAUCUUCAAAACUUUCUCUUCUUAAUUAUGCACUUAUGAGUAAUUAUAUUAUUAUUAUGUGUUUACUCUCAUUUCCAUUUUCUUUAAUUAUCCUCAUUCUCAUUAAUUAAUUUUGUUCAUUCCCCAAGUGAAUGAGGAUGUUAGUUGUGAUUUUUAUUCACUUAUAAUAUAAUACAUUUGUUAUUAUACUUAUAAAUAAACACAAUGUACUUUUACUAUCU